CAUCACCGCAUCAUCCGCCGUCCUUUUCCCCCCAACACGGGACCGAACAUUGACAACCCCCCCGCGAGAGAGCCAGAUAUAUAUCCCGGGAUAAUGGACGACGUCCCUCCGAUCAUCGACAUCUCCAUCUCGCUGCGGAUCCAGCCCAACGACGGGCCCGUCUUCUUCAAGGUGGACGGGACCCGGUUCGGCCAGAGCCGGACCAUCAAGCUGCUCACGGGCUCGAAAUACAAGAUCCAGGUGGCUCUGAAGCCUGGAAAUGUCGAGGCCACCAACAUGAACAUCGGAGGCAUCAUCUUCCCUCUGGAGCAGCAGUCCCGGGACGAGGAGUCGGUGGUUUAUCAAGGCCAGUACGACACCGAGGGCGUCCCGCACACCAAGAGCGGAGACCGCCAGCCGGUCCAAGUCAGUAUAGAGUUCAACAAAGCCGGGACAUUUGAGACGGUCUGGCAGGCCAAAUACUACAACUACUACAAGAGGGAGCACUGCCAGUUCGGCAACAAGUUCAGCACCAUCGACUACGAAUGUAAGCCCAACGAGACGCGGACCCUCAUGUGGAUCAACAAGGAGGCGUUCAACUGAGUCCGCCCCGAAAAACCUUUUCCACCGCGCACACACCAAAUACCAAGCACAGUUGCACACGGACUUUAAAACAUCGGCAUAACAACGGAAGGACAGCCGCAUCUUAAAGGCGUGCGUCCCGUCCGUGAGGGUCUGGUAUUUUGGGUUAGUUUAUCAGAAAAAGUUGAGAGAAAAAGAAAUGUGUCUGCUAUAAGGGUCUCUAACCCUCAUGUUGUCCUCGGGUCUAAUUGGACCCGUUCUCAAAACGUCUAUAUCAGAAAUAUGGGUUUCUUUUUAACCAAAUGACUCCAAAAAAAGGAAGUACUCGAUCACUACUUUCACUGUAGUGUGGGUAUUCAGUUUUAUAGCAUUUGGAAAUAUUGAAAUGGCUUCAAAACGCGACUGAACUUUGAGAUCCACACGUCUGUGAUAUCUCCACCAACAUACAUAACAUUACGUUCCUCUAAUAUUAGUCUUCAUCAUUUCAAAAUCAGGUACAAUCUCCUAUAAAUGAAAUUUAUCGACCAUGAAUUCCACAAAAUACGUGCAACACUAUUGACAAUAAGUUGGUGUCAGUGAAAUGUGGCAAAAAAGUGACAAAAACAUUGAAAAAAAGUGAUGAAAAAAUUGAAAAAAGUGACAAAAAAACA